GCGCCCUCUUCAUGUGCACAGAACACGGACUCAACCGUGACGACACGAUGCUUCCUCUUCACUCAGAAAAUCACAAACAAAACAUUUUAAAGAAAUUUGAACAUCUCCGAGCCAGUGGUCUCCUGUGUGACGUGGAGAUCCAGGUGGAGGACAGACGUUUCAAAGCCCAUAAAACCAUCCUCGCUGCAACCAGUGACUAUUUCUACCACCUGUUCACCUCACAGCCACAAAGCAGCCACACUCCACUCAGAAUGGACGACAUGGCUGCAGAUAUGUUCUCAUUUGUGAUCGAUUUUAUUUACACUGGACACAUUUCUAUUGAAGAAAAACAUACAGAGCAGCUACUGGUAGCAGCUACAAGAUUAGAAGUUAAAGGGUUGACAGACAAGCUGGCAGAAGCUGUGAGCAAAAGUCAAAAUGGACAAAUCACUGUAAAAUUAACGCCUCGUAAAAGAGGAAGACCGAGAAAAAACGUCCAGCGAAAUGAGAUGAACGAAGAGCCAGAAGAGAGCUUUGAGGAGGACAGGUGUGAUGGGGAAUCUUCAAAUAAACUUGGACAAAGUUGUGGUGAUGCAAGUGAGCAACAAAGUAAACGUCAGAUAAAAUUGCCUCUAAAAUACAAAUUCUACACAUUGGGACAAGAAGAAACUAAAAAACACGAGAAGGUGAAGAGAGGAAGAAAGAGGAAGUAUCCAAACACAGAAGCCAGAUGUGAGCAGUGUGAAAAAGUGUUUAAAAAUCACUUGUUUCUGAAGAUUCACCAGAGGACACACACAGGAGAGAAGCCUUUCAGGUGUUCAGUGUGUGGCCACGGCUUCACUCAGAAACACAGCCUGAUCGUCCACCAGAGGGCGCACACGGGGGAGAGGCCUUUCGUCUGUUCAGUUUGUAACAAAGCUCUGUGCACCAAGAACUCCCUGCAGGACCACAUGAAGCUCCAUGAAGAUAACAAGUCUUUCAGCUGUGAUAAGUGCGAUCGGACCUUCACUCAGAAACGUCAGCUCAAAAGUCACUACAGAGUCCACACAGAUAAGUCUUUACCUGAAUGUGCUGAGUGUCACCACAAGUUUCUGGACACGGCUCAGCUCAAGAAACAUCUCAGGACUCACACAGGAGAGAAGCCGUUCACCUGUGAAAUCUGCGGGAAAUGCUUCACCACCAAAUCCACUCUGCAAACUCACAUCAGGAUCCACAAAGGGGAAAAACCAUACGAAUGCCACAUCUGUCAGAAGUCCUUCUCAGACCCCAGCGCUCGCAGACGUCACGUGAGCUCUCACUCGGGCAAAAAACCUUUCAGCUGUUCCUCUUGUAACUUAUCUUUCACUCGUCUGGACAACCUGAAGAGCCACGCCAAAACUCACAACAAAGAACCCCCAUCGUCAUCUGCGACCCAGGACCAAGCCAACGAAAAUAUACUGGAGCUGCAGCCGUAUCCCAGCGGAGGAGAGGAGAUCCAGCUGGUCGUGAGCUCAGAUAAUCUUAAUUUUGUGCAAGGGCAGGAUCAGAGUAUAACACUGCUCACUCAGAACUUACCCAACCUGGCUGUGGUGUCUCAGAGUGAUCAGAACAUGGAGCAGUCAGAGCAGAUGCAUGUGAUCACGCUGAGUAAAGAGGCCAUGGAGCAGCUGCAGGUUCUCCCCAGCGUUCCGGGCUUAGCGGCGGGAGCAGAGGACCCAGGCCAGAGCAUUCACAUCAGCAGCCACAGUGGACAGGCCAUCUCCAUCAGCCAGACCAACCAGCAGCUCUCGGCCAACCACAUCCAGGGACAGACCUUUCAGAUCCAAGCAGGAACUGUGUCCUACCUCUACACCACAGGACUGCCCCCGGACCAGUGACACAGGCACGGGACACACCUGGGAUAGAUCUGAUUUAGACCUGGUUUAGUUCUGGUUUAGUUCUGGUUUAGACCUGGUUUAGUCCUAGUUUAGAUCUUGUUUAGACCUGAUUUAGACCUUGUUUAGACCUGAUUUAGACCUUGUUUAGACCUGAUUUAGACCUUGUUUAGACCUGGUUUAGACCUGGUUUGGACCUGGUUUAGACCUGGUUUAGACCUGGUUUAGACCUGGUUUAGUUCUGGUUUAGACCUGGUUUAGACAUGGUUUAGACCUGAUUUAGUUCUGGUUUAGACCUUGUUUAGACCUGGUUUAGACCUGGUUUAGUUCUGGUUUAGACCUUGUUUAUUUCUGAUGUUUUUUAAAUCAUC